AUGCUCCGUCGUCACCUUGUCCGUCCCUUGGUCACACCUCUCACUCUCCCUUCCUUCAAUAAAGGCGACUCACUAACGAAUCCAAAGCCCUUCGCUCGUCACUCCCGUGGCUAUGCCCAUAUUCUUCAGCACUAUAUCCAACACUAUCUGCCCAUUUUCUUCCCUCUUCAUCUCCCCAUCCCGUCCUCCUCGUGGUACCCUUGUGUUCUUCCUGUGAAACUGGGGGGGCCAACAGUGACGGGAACAUUGAACCUAGACGCAACACACACGAGCAGACAGAUUCACGCACCAGACUGGACGCAUUGGCAAGGCAAGAAACACGUAGAUUGA